AUGGAAGAUUCACUUCCUAUAGGAGAGAGACUGAAGGCGCUCCAAGAUAACCAGUUUUCCGGUUUACCGAGCGGUGUAAAGUUGGGUCCAGGAAGAACUAAAAGAGGUAAGUCGGUGAAAAAGUUAUACCUUGAUGGAUAUACACUUGGAAUCUGUCUCAUUAAUCUGCAAUACAGGUAUGAUGCCCAUUCUGGUGGUGAACGUGAAAUUCAGAGGACCAUGUUGGAGUUGCUGAACCAAUUAUAUGGCUUCGAUUCAAGAGGAGAUGUCAAAGUGAUUCUUGCCACAAAUAGAAUUGAAAGUCUUGAUCCAGCUUUGCUUCGUCCGGGUCGAAUUGAUAGGAAGAUUGAAUUCCCCCUGCCCGACAUCAGAACAAGGAGUCGCAUUUUCCAGAUACACACAUCAAAGAUGACGCUGGCUAAUGAUGUGAACUUGGAAGAAUUUGUGAUUGACUAAAGAUGAGUUUUCUGGAGCUGAUAUAAAGGCAAUGUACUGAGACUGGUUUGCUUGCUUUAAGAGAGCGACGCAUUGAAGGUUAGACUUGUUAAAUUCAUAAUAAUGAAAGUUUUUGCUCUUUUCUUAUAAUAUAUGCAGGUAAAUUUUCUGACAUAUUAAGCUUAAUUGACAAAAUUACACCCUCGAUCCAUAGGUAAUGGAAUUGAAACCAGAUUGAUACUUUUACUUCCAUACAAGUUCAACACUACAAGGUUACAUUCUCGAUAUGCAUGUAAUUGAAUCAAAAGCUGGUCUGAUAUCAAUUAUAAUAGCAAAUAUUUUGCAAAUUGCCAUGCAUACAUUCAUGCAUCUAAUUCUGCUUUCUCUUCUAGUUUUUUUCCAUAUGAUGCGCUGAAAUAAUGCUAUAGAUUCAUUAUUAGUGAGGGGGAAAAGGAUAUUGCCUUGCCCAUGU